GCUUUAAAGCCGCCCCCCCGGGCUCGGGGCGCGGCGUCCCGGGAGUGUGCGAGCCGAGGAGCCGGCGGAGGUCCCGGAGGCGGCUGGUGCUGGCCAUGGCCGCGCUGCUGGGCGCCUACCCCUGCUGGCCCGACGGCCUGGACGGCGCGGACCUGCCCGCCCCCGCGCAGCGCCCCGCGGGCGACAAGGGCUCGGACAGCCGCAUCCGCCGGCCCAUGAACGCCUUCAUGGUGUGGGCGAAGGACGAGAGGAAGCGCCUGGCCGUGCAAAACCCCGACCUGCACAACGCCGAGCUCAGCAAGAUGCUAGGCAAGUCCUGGAAGGCUCUGUCCCCUUCCCAGAAGAGGCCCUAUGUGGAGGAGGCGGAAAGGCUAAGGGUACAGCACAUGCAAGAUUACCCCAAUUACAAGUACCGGCCCAGGAGGAAGAAACAAGUCAAGCGCAUCUGCAAGCGGGUGGACCCGGGAUUUUUGCUGGGGAACCUCUCCCGAGAUCAGAACUCGGUGCCGGAGAAGCGGACCUGCAGCAGGGCAGCGGGAGAGAAAGAGGGGCAGGGUGAGUACUCGCCUCGCCCCGUGCUUCAGAGCAUCAGGGGAUACAGGGAGGUUCAGGCCAGCAGCAGCAGCAGCAGUACCAGCGCCAGCAUGGACACUUACCCCUACGGGCUGCCCACCCCGCCUGAGAUGUCUCCGUUGGACGUGAUAGACCCUGAACAGAGCUUCUUCUCGUCCCCCUGCCCAGAAGAGCAUCGCCACCCCCAUAUGACGGGGCCCACCUACUCCCCAGAGUACUCGGCCAGCCCCCUCCAGUGUAACCACCAUCCCCUUGGCGCCAUAUCCGUGCCCCAACCGGGCACUUCCAUGAUCCCUGCAGCCUCCAGCUGCCCACCCCCUCCUCCUCCUCCGCCUCCCAGCUACUUCACGCCAGCCUUUCACCCCAUCCACACCCCGAACCUUCAUGCUCACCUGGGCCAGCUUUCCCCGCCGCCGGAGCAUCACGGCUUUGACAGCCUGGACCAGCUGAGCCAAGCCGAGCUCCUCGGGGAGAUGGACCGCAAUGAGUUUGACCAGUAUCUCAACACCCCCGGCCACCCUGAGCACAGUGGGGUGUUAAUCGGUGGACAUGCCCAGGUGCCCCAGGCUGCAGGUGGCUCUCACUCUUCAGAGACGAGUCUCAUCUCUGUCCUAGCAGAUGCCACGGCUACCUACUACAAUAACUAUGGCAUCUCUUAGGCCAGGAGGAACGGGCCCCGUGGACUGGCUGAGGAAAGACCCUACAGUAUUACUGGCAUUGCUCCUUGCAGACAGCAUCCUCCUCACCUCAGGGUUGCCAAGCCUGAACUGCAAUGGCUUUGGAGUCUCCUUUCUGUCCUAGGUCAUGGAUUCUGGGUAUGGGACAUCCACUGGCAUAAACGUUGAGUAUCCUACUUCGAAAGAUAGUUGAUAUUCUCCAAAAAGGCCCUUUGAUCAAGUCCCUUUUCCAAGCCAGCUGGUGGAUGGCUAAGACCCUCUUUCUGCCUGACUGAGUGAGCCUGUCGAGCCUGUGGAUUAUGGGCCUGAGUUUUCAUAGGCGCUGAGUCCCCGCCACUCCAGCUGCAGCCAGCCAGCCCUGUGUCUCUGAAAACUCAGGUCUCAGUUGUGCUGUGUUUAAGCACGGUGGGUCGGCAGCAGCAGUUUGGGGAUGAGAGGGAGCAAAGGAUUUUGCGUGUUCCCCGCAGAUCAGUGUGCGCUUCCCCCCGGCUUGAUGCAGAGAGGGCGGAGGUCACUUUAAUGGCCCUGACCUGCGGAGCUCGGCUCCUCGGGACAAGCUGUGGGGCCUGCGGGUUCCUGGUUCUGUUUCCGGUGUUGGCGGCGGCGAGCGGCAUCAUAAGCCGCUGCUGUCAGGAAGAGCGAACGCAGUCAGGAGACUCUUACUAAUAUCCCAAAUGAAAAGCUAUAAUCAAAGAUAUCUGUGUGUCGCUCAUAGAAGUGCAUGUGGAAUUCUGUUUUUCCAUCUUCCGGUCUAGUUUUGCACCCCCCCCCCCCCAUAGACACAGAGAGCCCCUGCAGUCACCGGGAGUUGGAGCGUCACUGAUCCUCUCCAGUGAAACGACUGGCCUUGCACUUGGUCAUGCCAGGAGUGCGUUUGGCCCUAGGCACGGGAAAGCAUUUCCCAUCUGAAGUGUUGCACGUGCAGCUCCGCACGCUGUUUCUUUUGCCCCUCAAGAUCUCAUGAGCUGCAGUGGGAACCGUGAGAGCGUCAGGAAGGAAAGCUCAGACUAUAGGAAGGAAGGAAGGAGGGAUCUGGGCCUUUGUGAGACCUGGAUGUCCAUCACCUGUCCCUUCCCCCCCUCCCUAGAAGAGCCCCUCUCUAAGGAGAGGUUCAUGAUAGCUGGAGCUGAAGCAUAUGGGUGCAAUUUAGGAGCAUUGCUCUGGAGCUGAGGUUGAGACGGCAGCUAAGCUUCUGCUCAAAGCUGAAUUUGGCACUGCCCGUUAAAUUCAGCACGGCCCUUUCCUUGGAGCUUUGACCUUGUUCAGAGGAGCAGGAUGCGUCCCCAUGUCCGAGCUCCGGGCAGGUGAGGUCUUGCACGCGUGACCCACCCCGGAGGCUUAUGUUACAGCGAUCUGAUGAACCUCAGUGAACAAACUCGUGCAUUUUAACUUUAAAAUCCCGUCCUGCCCGAUCCGUGUCCCGCUACCACUGGAAAGAAUUUAUUCUUCUGAGCACUUUGGAAAAGAGGUGAUAAUGUAGCAGCCCUGUCUGUAUCAAACAUCGUUUGAAAGCAAAUACUUCGUGUUUAGGAAUGGAUUGCUCCUGCCUCUCUUUACUUUUGUAUGUUAUUGCUUGUAAUAAAAGCUGUACGUUGAUUUAUAUGGUCCAUUAUUCCCCCGCUCCCCCACAUUUUGUAUUGCUAGACUUCUUCCCCACCCCCCCUUCUCAUAAAGAUGAAGCUUUAUUUUAAAUCAGUUAUAUGACAUGAUUAAUCCUAGCAUUAUUCUAUGGCACUUCGUAAUGAUUAGUUAGUAACGUGGUUAUGAUUUUUCUGGUUUCAAUCCUGAAUGUGUAUUAAUAAUAAUUACAAAUAAUACUUAAAAAACUCCCCCCACCACCCACACACAACUUCAGAGGUUUUAAGCUAAUACAUUCCAUCUUUUCGUGUGACUCUUAUGCAUUUUGAAUGAGUGUAGAUAUGAGUUUGCAUAAAAUAUUUAAUUUAAAUAAAUAUGUUUUUAUAUGACAAUUGUUUUAUGAUUUAAAGUGCGCUAGUUAUUGACAGAAGUUUUCAAAGGGGAAUCAUUUAUUGUGUUCAGUGCUACUCUUCCUUUUUUUUUUUUUUUGUAUUUUCGACUGAACUUUUCUACUUCCGUGGUUUGUUUUUUUUUUAAUAAAAAAAGAGAAACCAUA